CUGGCUGAUUUCUGCAUAAGGUUGUUUGCGUACAGUCUUAAAUCAAGCGCUCUCGUGAUUGAGAUCAGACAUCUGAAAGUACUUCCGGAUUGCAUGUUCUUCGGGGAGCUCGUGCUCGCGCAUUCACACGUCUUUUAAUAAUGGAAAGCACCAUGAGCUUGAUGGCUGACACGGUUGCAAGCACACCGAGAGAGUGUGAUCAUGGGGAAGUUGAAUACCAUGAGGAACAGAACCCAUUCACAGAAUUCUGCAAGUUUUUGUAUGAGCAUUUCCAUAUGGCAGACAAAUGGUCAGAAAUCAAGCUGUUUCAAGUCAAGCAUCCAAUCUGCAGUGUUUACCUCAUCGUAACCUUGGGAUUGAUCGCGGUCCCAGUGGCAACCUUCAUGGUGUUUGUGGUUAGCAGUCUGAUCUUCACUUUCCUGGGGUUUCUCUUCUUUGAAGGCACAUUGCUGGCGAUUGGAACGGUGAUUCUUGGCUUUGUCCUGCUGUUUGUUGGAAUGUGUGCCAUUGGUGUCAGUUGUUUCCCUUGUUGGAGGCUUCUAUGCACUGCAGUUUGGGAGGCAGUUUCUUGUUGGACUCCGAGAGAAACUUCAUUCAGUAUUAAAUGAUGGAAAGGGGAUUCAAAAAGAGGAGUAGAAUUAUGUGAAAAAAUAAUCAUUGUACUAGUAAGUAAUGGAAUUGA